CGAGGGUUGCUUUCUCUCAUUCGAUUUCCACGCGGCCUACAAUAGCCGGACCAAUUUAAAACCCUCGAUGACCAAACCCCCAAUCGUCUAGGGUUUACCGCGGGAGGACGAGUCACAUCAUCCAUGGGGAUCGAAUGCCUCGUCUUAGGGGCGGGGCAGGAAGUGGGGAAGAGCUGCGUCGUGGUCUCUAUGGGUGGAAAGAGGAUCAUGUUCGACUGCGGUAUGCACAUGGGAUACCUGGAUAGCCGCAGGUUCCCUGAUUUCUCUCUCAUCUCCAAGACCGGCGAUUUCGACUCCGCUCUCACCUGCGUGGUCAUCACCCACUUUCAUCUGGAUCAUGUUGGUGCUCUUCCAUAUUUCACAGAAGUUUGUGGCUACCAUGGGCCCAUUUACAUGACAUAUCCAACAAAAGCUUUGGCCCCAUUGAUGUUAGAAGAUUAUAGGAAGGUUAUGGUAGAUCGACGAGGAGAGGAGGAACAAUUUACAUAUGAUCACAUUAUGGAUUGUAUGAAGAAAGUUACGCCAUUGGACUUGAAACAAACAGUUCAAGUUGACAAGGAUCUUGAGAUUCGUGCCUACUAUGCAGGACAUGUCCUUGGAGCUGCAAUGAUUUAUGCAAAGGUUGGAGAGAACACUAUUGUCUAUACUGGGGAUUAUAAUAUGACACCUGAUCGACAUCUUGGGGCAGCUCAUAUUGAUCGCUUACAAUUGGACCUUCUUGUAACUGAAUCCACAUAUGCAACAACCAUACGUGACUCAAAGUAUGCACGGGAAAGGGAGUUCUUAAGGGCGGUCCACAAAUGUGUUGCUGGAGGUGGUAAAGUUCUGAUCCCAACAUUUGCCUUGGGGAGAGCACAGGAACUCUGCAUUUUGUUGGAUGAUUACUGGGAACGUAUGAACUUAAAGGUUCCUAUCUACUUCUCUGCUGGCUUGACAAUACAAGCAAAUAUGUAUUAUAAGAUGCUCAUUGGAUGGACCAGCCAAAAGAUCAAAGAUACUUCAUCAGUACGCAAUACAUUUGACUUCAAACAUGUGUGCCCUUUUGAUCGGUCUCUUAUAAAUGCACCUGGACCAUGUGUUCUUUUUGCAACGCCGGGGAUGAUUAGUGGUGGAUUUUCCCUUGAGGUUUUCAAGCAAUGGGCUCCAUCUGAGCUAAACCUGGUUACACUUCCUGGAUACUGUGUUGCUGGCACCAUAGGGCAUAAGCUGAUGUCUGGCAAACCAACCAAGAUUGAUUUGGACAAAGAUACCUACGUUGACGUCAGAUGUCAGAUCCAUCAGCUGUCUUUUAGUCCUCACACUGAUGCCAAAGGGAUCAUGGAUCUCAUCGAGUAUCUGUCUCCAAAACAUGUGAUACUUGUGCAUGGAGAAAGGCCUAAAAUGGCCUUGCUAAAAGAAAGGAUCCAAUCUGAGCUGGGAAUCCAGUGCUAUUAUCCAGCAAACAAUGAGAAACUGCUGAUUUCUACAACCCAAAAUGUGAAAAUUGAUGUCACAAAAAAGUUCAUCAGGAGCUGUUCCAGUGCUAUGCUCAGUAAUGUAAAAAACAGCUCUGUGUCCAUUUCAGACUCUAGUUCCAAGGAUAAUGAAAUAAUAAAGUUGGCAAGAGAGGAUACAACAGCAGAAGGCAUCCUUCUUAUGGAGAAAACCAAAACUGCAAAGCUCAUCCAUGAGAAUGAGCUUCUUCGUACCCUCGGAGUGAAAGAGCAUCAAGUCAGGUUUGCUUUUUGCUGUCCUGUGGAAGUUACUAGGAUGGAGCAUUUAUCAAAUGAAGCAAAUACUACGCACUGUCAUGCGAGUUCUAUUACGAGGGUUGAUGUGCCGAGAUGUCUGGCAACAGAAGACAGGCUUGCCACAGCCAACAAUACUCUCCUUCAUAUUUUGCUGUCAGAAUUGGAAACCAGAACUGAAUGUGAAGAUAUCCAAAUUGCCUCUGAUUCUCUGCAGUUGCAUACCUUUCAUGUCUGUGUUUGUUCAAAUGAACAUUGUUCCUACAGGAAAAAGGAGAAUGGUGUAGGUGAAUCAGUAGUAUAUUUCUGCUGUAGCUGGUCACCUUGUGAUGACAGGUUAGCCAGAGAGCUUCUGCAAAUAAUGGGACAGUUAGCUUUAUCAUGCUAAGUGUUAAUCUCAGUGAGAAUGUUUUAUACGUGAUCCAACCCAAGAAAUACUCGGUACACCAAGACAGCAGGAAAAGGCAACCAUUUUCGACUCACCCAGCUAAGUUUGUGUUCUAAUCUAACUAUCACAAUGAUUGUGGUGCAAUCCUUCAAGGUUAAGAUGCUUUUCUGUUGGGUUAGAACUCUUCAAGAUUAGAAAUGGUAAGCCUUCAAGGAGCAAAUUUUGUCUCAUGCAAAUUAUUUAACUUGAAUAUAUUUUUUUUCCCAAACUUAGCUAUUAGUGCUCUUAACAAAGAAAAAAAAAAUCAGAUUAUGCAAGUUAAAUAAUUUGCAUGUUGUUGCUGUUUAUUGUAAUCCACAUUUUCUUUUUCGUCUUUGUUUAUCCUUUUUGUUAUGUUUAUUAA